AUGGACAACGACUGGCAAGAAACAGCCUUCAGCACCCGCCACAUGCACAACCGACAAAACCGCAAUGAUGCCUCAAAAAGCUCUGGAAAAAGUAAAAGAAACACCUUUGAUGUGCGCAAGACGUUUGGAUCAUAUACUUGUAAAUGCCCUUCUUGGUUCAAGGUUUACAAUGAGUCAAAGACAGAAGGGGAAGAGGGGAAAGAUGCAGUGUUGGAGUUGUAUAGAUUGACCAGAGAUGGAAGAGGUGUUGUGGGUGAGAUUGCGUUGCCAGGGGUUAUGAGGGCUGCUGUUGUUUUGGUGGCUAGUAGGAAGGUUUUGAAGGAGUUUUUGGAAAGUGUGGAGGUUGUGGAAGAAGAUGAAGCUGAGGAAGGAGAAAAGAAUGAUGGUGAGGAGGAAGAUGAUGAGGAUGAUGAGGAAGAGUCGGAAGAAGAGCAAGACCGCUUCGAGACUUUUGAAAAGAACAGUUUCAGAGAGCCCAAGUUUUGGCUGCGCUGGAAUGGCGUGGUUUCGUCUGAAGAAACAGAAAAGGCGGAAUCUGGACUUGGAUACAUCAUUUUCCCGAGUAAUGAUUGCCGCAAGUUCAAGGGGACAUUGAAUUGCGCUUCUCUGGAGUGGGAAGACGUUGCUCUGUCGGGUCACAAGAUUGCUCCGCGAUCUGAGUCUGACAUACCUGUUGCUUGGGGACUGCAGGAGGUGCCGAUCUGA